CCAACCUUUGACCUCUAAUCCAGCAUGCCGCAAGUCUUUCGCCAAGCAUGUGCAGAAGCCUGUGGUUUGUGCUUGCUGUUGGGGCAGCUUCAGCGGGAAAGGAGAAACAUGUGGCCGUGACAGGAGGCUUGAAUGGCUUCCUCCAUUGCCUACACAGCCAGGUGUAUCAGCGCUUCUACAAUGUCCUUUCUACACAUGGUUGGCACAGUAAAGAGACCUUUCGCUUUGCGUACAACAUGCACAAUCAGCUUGACUUGGGUGCUGGAUAUGAUGAGUUGGAAGACAUGCCUUGGCACACCACCCUCAAGGUGGAUUUUUGUUUUUCAAUGCUGCGGCUGAAGAUGCAGGAUGUGGAGAUUGAAUUGUCAGAAUGACAUUGAACUCAAGUGCCAGAUUGACCGAUUUUGUGUCUUUUGAAUUAUUGGGAUAGGUUACAAGACGCAAUUGUUUGUGGGCUUACUCUUUGAGAACCUGAGGCAGUCUCGAUCUAAAACGCAGGAUUUUGGAGUCAAGGAGGCAGACACACAGACAUUUGGGAUGCUCGCUUCUAGUUAGUUCAGGUCUCAGCUGGCGCUGGGGCUUGGAUGCUCCGCC